AUGUUUGAACUGCGAGUUGAUGCCCACUUCGCAUGCCAAGACGACUUCUGGCUCAUCUCUUGCGAGGGCGACAAGGCUGGCUCGUUGCAGCGCAGCGUGAAGCUUCCGACAGUCUUGCUCCAGAGCCUGGACAACCCGCAGUUCUUCUACAGCGUCACGAUGCAGCCCACAAACGCGCCCAGCCCAUCCGGCGAAGCUGGCGCGCAGUGGGACUUCGAUGGGUUCAUCUACUGUGCCUAUAACAACGGAGACGGUGUGUACCAGAUUCUGGUGGACGACGUGAACGUGACCAGCCUCGAAGUCCCAGUGACGUUGGUGAGCCCGUCGGAGAGCUUCUCUACGGGCAUCUCCAACGAUGGCCUGAACUGCAUCACGGUGGAGCCUCCCUUCACGACCACCACGACCACGGUCAUCAUCCUUCCGUGCUUCAAUCAGCCCUUCGACUGCACGGCCGCAGGCCUGGAAGCUCGCUCUCCGAUGACGACCAUCCGCGCCGCCGCUGGGGCCACGCCGCCGGGGGAGAUCCUGAGGCUGAAUGUCAACCAGACGCCAAACAGCUUCACGGCGCUGUGCAACUUCCCGGAGAUCAUACUCGAAGCCUGUGGCAUCAACCCGGUGGAGCUUUCUCUGAACGUGGGGGGCUGGAGGGGCUGGAGGAGCCUGGAGAAGGGAUGGGCUGGAGCUGGAGGGGCUGGAGGGGGACUGGAGGGGGCUGGAGGGGGCUGGGGCUGGCUGGAGGGGCUGCUGCAGGGGCGCUGGCUGGCUGCAGGGGCUGGAGGGGUUGGAGAGGCUAGAGGGGCUGGAGGAACUGGAAGAACUGGAGUGGCUACCUGGAGGCUGAAGGGGCGCCUGGAGGGGCUGGCUGGAGGGGCGGGCUGGAGGGGCUGGCUGGAGGGCUCUGCAGGGGCUGGAGGGGUUGGAGGCUGGAGGGGAGGGGCUGGAGGGCUUGUGCUCUCCCCUCCCCUACCCCUCCCCAAUUUUCCACCUCACUUCGCAGAGCGCCACCCCACGCACCGCGUCGCACCUGCAACCUGCUCCCCGACCCCAUCACCCCCAACAAGCCCCCUUGCAACAAUUUACUACACCCACACCACUCGCACCUAA